GUCAAAUUUCGUUCUUUUCGCAGCACAUAAACCUCGUGUUUAGUUGGUGCUGUUGGUUUCUAUUGCGGAUUUUUCUAAUUUUCAAUUGGAAAACCGCACAUUUUCAGCCAAAAUGAGUUUGUACAAUUUUAAGAAAAUUAUGGUGGUGCCGCCAGCAAAGGCCUUCAUCGAUAUUAUGCUUUCUAAAACACAGCGGAAAACGCCGACUGUGGUUCACAAACAUUACAAAAUCAGCCGCAUUCGUGCGUUUUAUAUGAGAAAGGUAAAAUAUACCCAGCAGAACUUCCACGACCGUUUGUCUCAGAUAAUUCAGGAUUUCCCAAAAUUGGAUGAUGUCCAUCCGUUCUACGCUGAUUUGAUGAAUGUGCUGUACGAUAAAGACCACUACAAGUUGGCACUGGGACAGCUAAAUACAGCCCGUCAUCUAAUCGAUACUGUGGCGAAAGAUUACGUGCGGUUGCUUAAGUUCGGUGACUCACUGUACCGGUGUAAACAGCUUAAAAAAGCUGCCCUUGGCCGGAUGGCAACUAUAAUGAAGCGUCAGGCGUCGAAUUUAACCUACCUGGAGCAAGUUCGACAGCAUUUAUCACGUCUUCCCUCCAUUGAUCCUUACACGCGCACUAUUAUCAUUUGUGGUUUUCCUAACGUUGGCAAGUCUAGCUUUAUCAACAAAGUUACCCGAGCUGACGUAGAAGUGCAACCGUACGCAUUUACCACAAAGAGUUUGUACGUUGGUCACAUGGAUUACAAGUACCUCAGAUGGCAGGUAAUUGAUACACCUGGAAUUCUGGAUCACCCGCUGGAGGAGCGAAACGUUAUCGAAAUGCAGGCAAUUACGGCCAUGGCUCAUUUGAGGGCCUGUAUUCUGUACUUUAUGGAUGUGUCCGAGCAGUGCGGGCACUCGAUUGAAGAACAGGCCAAACUGUUUGAUAGCAUUAAGCCCCUGUUUGUAAACAAACCACUGUUGUUGGUUCUAAACAAAACCGACAUUCUAACACUGGACGAGUUGGAUUCGGAGAAGAGAAAGAUCAUUGAGGAAUUAGCUGACGAGACGGAAGAAAUUCCUAUUUUGCAGAUGUCCACCGUUACAGAGAAAGGCGUGAUGGAAGUCAAAACCGAAGCAUGUGAGCGUCUGCUAGGCUACAGAGUGGAUCAGAAACUGAAGGCUAAGAAAAUUGAAGGCGUUUUAAAUAGGCUGCACGUUGCGAUUCCAGAAAAACGAGAUGAAAAAGAACGACCACCGUGCAUACCAGCGUCCGUGUUGGCCACUCGGGCUGCGAAUGCGGAAAAAAUUGCCCGCCGCCAACGAAAGCUGGAGAAGGAAAUUGAACAGGAAAUGGGCGAUGAGUACACGCUUGAUCUUAAGAAAAAUUACACAGAUAUUCCAGAGGAGGAGCGGCACGAUAUCAUCCCAGAAUUCAUGAAUGGUGUUAACAUUGCAGAUUAUAUCGAUGCAGAUAUUUUCGAAAAACUAGAAGAACUUGAGCGUGAAGAAGGACUUCGCUUGGAAUCCGGUUUCUAUGAUCCACCGCCUCUCAACCUCGACGAAACCUUGCUGGAAAUUCGUGAAAUGGCUAAACAAAUCAGGCUUAAACGGUUCCUUCUUAAAGAUUCCCGUAAGUUGCAGCAAAAGAGUGGUCGCCCCGUUAUGCCCCGACACAAACAGGCCAGUGUGCGUGAUCGAAAAGUGGAUAACCUGCGUAAAACGAUGGAGAAUCUAGGUGUUGAUAUGACGGGAACUCAAGACGCCAACUUCACCAAGAACCAAAUGAGCCUGCGUCGCAGUAUGGUGCCAGCUGUUGGUGGGCCGAAAACUCCGAAGAAAGAUCACGAAUCGACGGCCAUCGUUAAGGCUACCGGUCUACCUAUCAAACGGAAAACGCCAGGACAUGAGUUGGGUAUUAAGAGUGUUAUGUUGAAAAAGAAGGCCAAGAUUAUGGCUAAACACGACAUCGCUAAGAAGGUGACCAAACUUUCACGUAAGGGAGAAGCCGAUCGUCACAUACCGGACUUGAUGCCGAAACAUUUGUUCGCUGGCAAACGAGGAGCAGGAAAAACAGAUCGCCGUUAAUAUACGUUAUAUACUUUGUUUAUUUAGAAACAGCAAAUAUAUCGAUUUAAUUUCA